GAUGGCAGAACGUGAACUAUUAGUGAACAAUUAUUCUCAACAAGUAGAAAGGCUUUUAAAGCAACUCAAUAUAAAAGAAUUUGAUUACUCAAAAUGUGAACACCGUAAUCCGAUUGCACAUGGUGGCUUUUCUUUUGUGUACUCUAUCAUUUAUCAAGGAAAGCAAUAUGCAUUAAAGUUCCUAAACAAUAAUAUGAGUUAUGAUGAUAAAUCCUUUAGACUAUUAAGACAUGAACUUGACAGACUUCAAACAGAGAAUAUUACGUUUAUUAAGCAUGAACUAUUUAUUGAUCAGUUUGGUUUGAAUAAAGGUAUAAAUUUAAUUAAUCAGGAUGAAAUCCUUGAAACAGAGGCUGUUUUAGGAAACAAUGGAAUUUUAAAAAAAGAAAAAAUAAGUCAGCCAAUUCCAAUUAUCUAUUUGCCUAAAAACAAUAUGAAAGAAGCAGAACAUAAUAAUGUGACAGAAGUGGAACAUGAUAAUGUAAUAGAAAAAGAACGUGAUAAUUGGAUUGAAACAGAACAUAAUAAUGUACAAAUCCAUAUUCCAAUCUUAACUUUACAUUAUCAAUGUGAUGCGUCAACAGAAUUUGUUCAGAAUAUCAGAGAUAUGCUUGAUAUUUCCGAUACAGCUAAGAAAACUCUGAUGUUAAAAGAAAAAUUUAAUCAUUAUGGUAAUUACGUAGUUACUUCAGCGAUUAUUGGUGGAGUGAUUACAAUUAAAAAUUGGUCUAAAAUUGAUGAUAUAUGUAAAUUGCGUUUGAAGGCUUAUCUACAAUGGAGCAUUGAUUAUGCUAAAGGUAUAAGAUUAAAAAACUUUGAAGAUGCACCGAUUGAUGAUUUGAAUAUAGUCAUAAAUUCAAAAAAUGUGCAUAAUGCCGAAGAGUUAUACAAAUGGAUCAAAGACCUACAUAACUAUAAAUAUUUAGAAAUUAUAUCAUUUGAAAAAUUCACACCAACAUAUCAAUUAUUGCCAGAAGACUUAAUUCAAAAAAUAUCAGGAUAUUUUGACAUUAAACUCAUUGAUGGAUCUUAUCCAGUGCAAGCUUCAAAUUUUCGCUUUCAUGAUAAAAAAAGUCUUUUAGAGUGGAUAACUUCGCCAGAGCUUCCAUUAAAGCUAUAUAUAUGUGAUUUGAUCCAAGAUAAUUCAUUACAAUAUGGCAUAAUUUUACAGCAGAAUGGUAUUAUUUUAAAGGAGAAAGAUGGAUUAGAACUUGAUAAAAUCCCUUUUACUGAGCAUAGUUCAAUGCUUAAUAUUCCUUUGGAGGAUUUUAAGAACUCUAAAAAGCAAUUUUCGAAUGCAAUUUAUUGCCAAAUAAUUUUUCAUACUGUAAAGAUUUCCUUUGACCUAUCGGACAUUGUAUAUUUACAAGAUUUUUUAAAUACAAUUAAUUCUAAACCUCAAGGUCAUGAACCACCUAAAAAUUUUUGCAAGUUAUUUGGUGAAGAUUAUGGGCAAUUGUUACCAAGAACUUUUACUUUAGGCGGAAUUUUGUCAAAAAAAUAUAUAUCAAAUAAUCACCCUCUGGAUUUUCCAACACAACGGUUAGAUCUCAAAUAUAAUGAUCCUAAAGCACAUCAAAAAAUUGAACAGCUUUUAGAAACAUGGAAUAAUGAAUUUAAAGAUGUUAAUACUUUAUAUUUUCUUAAUAAUGAUGGGGAUGUUAUUUACCGUAAUAAUAUCAGUGACUGGAUGAAAACUCUUGCAGAUAAUUCUAAAUAUUGGAACAUUAUAUCUUCGGAAGAUUGGGUGCAAAUAUAUGAAGCUCUUGAAAAAAAAGAAAAAUAUACUGGCACAGCACGCACGGGGCCUAAUUCUGCAAUACAUUAA